AGCGCGCAGCGGCGCUGAGGCCGCGGCCGGGGGAGACGAUGGCCAAAUGGCUGAACAAGUACUUCAGCCUGGGCAAUAGCAAGACCAAGAGCCCUCCGCAGCCCCCGCGGCCCGACUACCGGGAGAAGCGCAACGGUGCCGGCGGCGCGCCCCGCCCCGAGGGGCCGCCGCACCUCCACCUCCACCACCACACCUCGCCUGGCUUUUCGCGCCGCCGCCUGCGCGACGACACCAGCGACCUGCUCCGCGCCUACCGCGCCCAGAAGGACCGCGACUUCGAGGACCCCUACAGCGGGCCCGGCUCGUCCCUGCGCAAGCUGCGCGCCAUGUGCCGUCCGGACUACUCGGCGCCCGAGGACCUGGGCGAGGCGGCCCUCAAGGCUUCCUCCUCCUCCUCCUCCUCGUCGUGCUGCGCCACGCCUCCCACCACCGGCUCCCCGCAUCUCUUCCGCAGCCACAGCGAGCGCCGCCCGGCGACACCGCCCGACGUGAAGUACAUCUCCCCCAAGCACCGGCUCAUCAAGGUGGAGAGCGGCGGUGGCGGCAGCGACGGCGCGGGCAAGAAGCUCCACAAGGGCUCCAAGCAGCCGGCGACUGCUGCUCCCUCUGCCGUGAAAGAUAAGGUAUUGAUAGCUGAUGACUACUCAGAUCCAUUUGAUGCCAAAAGUGAGUUGAACAGAAUGGGAAAAGGGGAGAACACUGGCUACAUGGAACCAUAUGAAGCCCAGAGAAUAAUGACUGAGUUUCAACAGCAGGAAGGCAUGAAGUCCCAUCAGAAGAACAUGCAGCUCUAUGACACACCCUAUGAACCAGAAGGCAGCGGUGUGGAAUCUGAUUCUGAAAGUGUGGUGAGUCACCGUUUACGAGAAAGCAAAUUGCCACAGGAUGACGACAGGCCUGCAGAUGAGUAUGAUCAGCCGUGGGAGUGGAACAAAGUCACCAUCCCAGCUUUGGCAGCCCAAUUUAAUGGAAGUGGGAAACGGCAAGCAUCUCCUUCUCCCUCAAAUGACCAGCACAGGCAAUUAAGAGCACCUGGAGGAGGCUUUAAACCCAUCAAACAUGGCAGUCCAGAAUUUUGUGGGAUCCUGGGAGAGAGAAUAGAUCCAGCUAUUCAACUGGAAAAGCAGAUAUGGUAUCAUGGAGCAAUCAGUCGGACAGAUGCAGAAAACCUGUUACGUUUAUGUAAAGAGUGUAGCUACCUUGUAAGAAACAGUCAAACAAGCAAGCAUGACUAUUCUCUUUCACUGAAGAGCAGUCAAGGUUUUAUGCAUAUGAAAUUGAUGAAAACCAAAGAGAAAUACAUCCUGGGCCAGAACAGCCCUCCCUUUGACAGUGUUCCUGAAGUCAUCCACUACUACACCACAAAAAAGCUGCCUAUCAAAGGAGCAGAACACUUGUCCUUGCUCUACCCUGUGGCUGUGCGGACACUCUAAUAACCUAGUCUCACCCCUUCCUGUGGAUGGGAGGUGAGAGAUGUCCUUGGCAGACGAUGAACCAAUCACAGAACACCAAUUAAUACAGUUUAUACAAGAAGCUCUCUCUCCAAGGACGAAGUUCCCGUUUUAUCAGUGGACUUGGCAGGGAAAAUAUAAACUCUUACAGGUGACUGGGCCAAAAGUAUCACCAUCCCUGAUACAACACACAGUCUUAAAGUAAUUUUGUGAGAGUGAAUCAUGGUCAAUUACUUACGAAUAGGGGAUGUAAUUAAACAGUAGUUAUAUAUUUUUAUCCUUUUUGGUACAAUAAUCUCUUAAUGUUUACUGUCUUCAUUUGCAAGUUUCAUUCGUAGGUACAGGCAGCUAAUUCUGUUUGGGGCAGUUACACCAUAAUGUUUUAAGUAGUUAGGAUAAGUCAGUUUGAUAUGUGGGUUGCUAUUUAUGCAUGAGGGUGGUCAAAGGCUUUUAUAAAGCUUUAGUAGGCAAAAUCUUCACUUGCUCAUUCAUCUGGAUCAAACGGGUGUCCUACUGAUACAGCAGAUUAACACGUGUGUGUCACACUGCCUUUCCACGAGAUGGCUUUUGCAGCUGUGAGAACUGUGAUAUGUAGCAGAGCAGAAUUUGUUUUUCUGGUCUACCAAGCCAUUCUUAAAACACAGCCCCGUUGACACAUACCUUCUGGCCAGUGUUCUUUUUCACCAUGAGCAGAAGCCUCCUGCUGUAUUUGAGUCACUGUGAGCCAGAAGUACUGUAGAAGCUGCUCUGUGUCUUAGUCCUGCCAGCUCAUUGCCUUUCCACUUGAGACAUAUUUUCUACAUGUUCUGUGUGCUCAUUGAAUGAGAUAAGUGAAAAAUUAUAGUUGUGCACAAGUUGGAACUGGGGAAUCAAUAGCCUUAUAGUCCUCGUGUUGAACCAUCUCCCACAUAUGUCUAGAAUGUCAUGCAUUAACCCAUCAGCUGUUAUAGUAGCAAACUGGUUAUAUGCAGGUUAUGUAUUUUACAGACUGCAAUAGGACUGUGAAAUUGUGUGCUAUUUAAUUCAGCUUUCUUAGCUACUACUAUUUUUUAUGUAUGCUUAGAAAGAAGUGCAAAUCUGAAAAUUGUAAUGGAAUAACCACUUACUGCCUGUAAAAGUAGUGCUUCAUUGUAUUGUCUAAUCUGAUAAGAAUCUCAAGGAUGACCCAUGUAAUAUCACUGGUGCUAAAUGUUCUGUUUCCUUUUAAGCCUGCCUUAUUCUUUAUGUGACAUCCAAUGCAGAUUGAACAGGAGUGGAUCACACAUAUGUGAAUAGUGUCAUUCUGUGCAGCAGUGGGUCAGACUGUCCCUGUCUCACCCAGAAUCUGAAGCUGCAUUUGAAUAGGUUCUCUGGUUUUCCAAGAGAAGGGUGACACAAUGGAGAACAAAGAGACAACAAUCUUCUCCAAGUGAAACUAAACACCCCCUUUUUCAUGUACUCACUUACAUGCAUUUUUUAUUUCCCUAAAGUAUUUGCAGAACUCUUUAUUGUCUUAACAUCACCCAGUUGACAAGAGCAUACAGGCACUUUUAAGUUAGCAUAUUCUCUCAGCAGAGUAGGAGUUUAUGAAGGUGGCAGAGCUCACACAGAUUAGGAAUCAGGUGUCAUCUGCUUUGAGUCCUUGUGGGCUCUGGCAACACUAUCAUGCCCUUUGGCACAGAAACAUGUCAUCUUUCUUCUUUUGCAUGUUUGAAUCUGGCAUCGUUUCUGUUCCAUGGUCUGCUUUUCUUCUUCUUUAAAGGAAAAAAGAGUAUGCCCCUACUCUGUCUAACAGCAGUUACAAGUAGAAACCAACAGCAUCAUUAACCAAGGCCUUGCCUGGCUUCCUUAAGCACUUUGUCUUUAAUUCAUGGGGAUAACUAUUGUAUCAGACCUGUCUUGUCAGGGGUCUGAUCAAAUGUCAAAUGAAGCCAGCAGGUGCCAUUUUAUUGCUGUCUGCAAAUUUUGGGUUGGGAUCCAUUGCUUCAUACAAAUGUGUAUACAGCUUAUUACAGCUUCAAGGAUCAGAUCAAGGUUCUUGGUUCAGCAAGAAGAAAUCAUCUCAAAAGUAUUGGUUGUCCAUGGGAAGGUUUUUUAUUAUUUUUCUAAAAGACUUCUAGAAAGUACUGAGUAAUUGCAGAAUAAAUAAAGCCAGGAUUUUGUUUGCACUGUAAUGUUGUCUUUGUUUAUUUAAGUGAUUGUAUGAUAUUUUUCCAGUGAAGGAAUAUUCUUCCCAGAUUUUUUAAUGUACAGUGAAAAUGCAGUGUGGUAACAGUGUGUAGUAUUGCAUUUAGGUGGAAGAUUUUGUAGCAAUGAUGCCUAUAUAGCACAUUAAAAGUUUAUUUUAAAAAAAA